AUGGCGUCGUUCAGAGCGUUUGUGGCAGUAUUGUUGGUGAUCGCGGCAGUUUCCAGCGCAGCGUUGGCAGAGACUGCACUUCAAACUGUUCAGAAGAAUAGUACGGCGAACCACGGUGAAGGUCGACAGGUAGUUGCCACCAACACUUUUAACAGAUUUGCAGGGUGGCCAUGGGGUGGCUGGGGUGGUUGGGGAUGGGGUUGGGGCUGGGGCUGGGGCAUCGCAGCCUUCGUACUGGCGAUCGUGAAGGGUUCGAUUCUGCUCGGAGGGUUCGCAAUCUGGGCGUUCUUCCGUGGUUUCGCCAAAAAGGGCGGCGGCUGCGCUCCGAUCAUCAUCCGAGAGUCUCCACCGCCGAUCUACUCUCAUCACCCGUGGGAUCGUUCCGAAUCGAUCGCAGAUCCCUCGUCUCCGUAUCCUCGUACCAAGCGGGCGGCGGAUUACACCGAAGACCCGCUCUACUGGACGGACAUGAUCACGGACUUUGCGUUCAGCUUCCUCGGCGUUCACUCGCAGGAUUGCCGCAAACGGUUCGUCUGUGAGGUCGAUGUCCGGGCUCGGGCCGAUCCGAUGCUGCAGAUGGCGAUGCAGUUGUUCGGAGGGGACAUCUUCCGCAAGUACCGUGGAGAGAACGAUAAGAUGGCGAAGGACUUUGGCGAGUGUGCCAAGAUCUACAGCAAGUGUAAGCACAGUGGUCCAUCGAUGUCGUUCAACGUGGUUACGACUCAGGUGGAUCCGCUGCUGGAUUAUGAGGAUGUUAUUGGGAAUGGACAUGCAAAUGCUCCGGAAGAGGAAGUUGUGAGUGCGACUCAGGAUGAUGAGGCAACGGAAGCUGAAACGAUCACGACGACGACAACGGAAGCUCCUCAGAAAAAGUAUUUCAAUAAAAGGAAACGAUAUUUUAGAAUUAGGAACUAAACGAUAAUACUCAAAACUAGAUAUGUAAUAUUUAUUGCUUUUCUAAUAAAAAAUCAUAAAAAUUAUAAAAAAGGUAUUAAAAAUUAAUGAUAGUAAGAAAGAGGUAAGUUUAGUAAUUAAUACUGUUGUGAAACAAGUUGUAUCGAAAGUGCUUCGAUUGGGAUAAAACUUUCAGCGUUUGUGUGUAUGUAUUACUCCGUUAACUUUUGCCCUGUAGGCCAACAAGACGGCAACAAAGUCAAUUUUGACACAUUCGGAAUCCUCGGGAAAUUAUACGUAAAUUUGUGGUGUUUAAGUUGUAAAUUGGAUUUAGAAAAUAAAUAAAUAAAAAAAUGGAAAGAAAAAACAAGUCGAUUUUGUUCACUUUGUGAUCAAUACGUCAAAUGCCAAAUACCAAGUAGCCAAAUACCUGUUUGGCCCGAAAUCCGACAAACUGUUAACAAAUAUUUUAAUUAAUUCUAAAUGGCAUUUUUUUCAAUCAAAUUUACAACUCCAAUACUUCAAAUUUACGUGGAACUGCCCGAGGAUGCCAAUUAUGUCAAAAUUGAGCAAACAUAUUUCCAACGGCAACGGUAUAAAUAGGCGAAAAACAUGCUUAUUUGCAAGUUUUUG